UUCCGCGCAUGCUCAACCGAUGCAAUUGGUGAGUAUCGGGAGCGGGCUGCCAGCAGGAAACGCAAUUUCCUGACUUGCCUCGCAAAUACCGGAGUUCGGAGGAGCCGAAGAAGAGUGUGUGUCGGUGUGGGUGCGUCGGGUAGACAGAGUGGCGCAAAUACACAGUGCAACGGACGGUGUGACCUUGCUUGCCGCGCCGAGCAAAUUGGUCAAGUUCGCGCGCCAAUGGUACGACAUACAGUCGGGACCGGAAAUCGAGUCGUGGCAAGGCCUGCGCCUUGAACUAUUGAAAAUUUUCGAACGAAAAGUGCCGUUUUAUAAAGCGAUACAGCGGGUCGAGGCGCGUAAAUGGAACGCGCAAAAAGAAACUUUCGAUCAAUACACGAUCGCUAAACUGGCGCUAAUUAAUAAAAUGGACUUGCCGGUAAAAGACGCGAUCCAUCUAAUAAUUGGUGGAAUCACGCAAAGCUCAAUAAGAGCUACCGCGCUUUCGGUUGCAGACGAAUCGUUGGACAGUUUUCUCGCUAAAAUGAGAAUAAUUACGGAAGGCAGUACCGAGUGCGAGAAAAAGUCAGUGUCGAAUGUGCCGGUGAAAAGUAAAGACAGUGCGUGCCGAAAUUGUGGUCGAAAGGGCCACUCACACUUGCAAUGCAGAAGUGACGUCGUUUGCUUCUACUGCAAGGUGAAGGGCCAUCGCCAGUUCGAUUGUCCCGCGCUGAAGGGUCGAGCGGACGGGAAAUCGACGUUGCCGAACCAGCCGUCGGCGGUGCGGACCGUAGCAGCCGUUGCAGAGGCCGCCUCAUCCGAAGUUGAUGCUGACUCCGUCGUCGCUGCGGUCAUGGAGGCAGAAGGCGCCAGGAGAGGACUCAGCAAACUGUUUGCGAUUGUUACAAGUAUCUGUAAACAAUUAAGCGAAUUACGAGCUUUGGGAUGUCAUUAAACGAUCAAAGCUUUGAACAAGAACGAAGAAUGAAAAUUGUGACCAAAAGUCGUAAUUACUUUUUGAAAACGUAAGUAACAUUUAAAGCGCUUCCACAUCGUGUAUCUCAGAAGUAAUGAAGUAAGUAACUAACUUAGUAAAUAACUAACUUUAUAAAAACAUAUUAUUAGACUUCACGAUAUGAAUUAAGCCUAAGAAGAUUACAAAUUUCUUGA